AUGACUGAUGAGACGAAUAAACGAAGAGAUGUGUUGAUCUCUAAAGCAUUAUCUUAUUUGCUCCGGCACGGAGCUGUGAAGGAAAAAUUAGACAUUGACAGUAGUGGCUACGUGCCCAUUGCGCAGAUUCUCAACCAUCAACGAUUGAAAAGUUUCAAAACGACGAGGGAGGAUCUAGACCGCAUAGUCAAGGAGAAUGACAAACAGCGAUUUGCCAUUGAUGAAUCUGGCGAUUUGAUCUGUGCCAAUCAAGGACAUUCGCUUUCCUCGGUUUCGCAGCCGCCGGAGUUUCAGCUCAUGACUCAGCAGGAGUUGUCCAAUUUGCAAGUUUUCCACGGUACUUAUAUCAAGAAACUUGCGCAGAUUAAGCAAACUGGCGGGUUGAGUCGCAUGAAACGGAACCAUAUCCAUUUGACAUGUGAUGAAUACAAGAGUAUCUCGGGCGUGAGAGUUUCUGCCGAUUGCUUGGUCUAUAUUGAUACUGACUUGUGUAUUGCCGCGGGGUUGAAGUUCUACAAGAGUGCCAACGAUGUGAUUUUGACACCGGGGGAUUCCGAGGGGUUGAUCAAGUGGGAAUACGUGAGCAAGGUCAUUGAAUUGAGGAAAGGCAAAGGCAAAAGCAAAGGCGAAGGUGAAGUUGCGUUGGAGAAGAUGCAAGAUAGAUGA